AUGCGAUCUAUUAAAUUCGUCAGGAAGAAGCUUAGUGACGGGCAAACUCGUCCUGUUAAAUUCAAGAUCCUCGCGUUCCUCGUCUUCGGUAGGCCUACACGUGACUGCCUGUUCGCUGAUCCAGCUAGAGAUGGAAUCAGCUUGCUCAAGAUUUGGAACAUGAAUAAGUUUACUGGCAUAGUUGGUGUGUUCAACUGUCAAGGAGCUGGUUGGUGCAAGGACACUAAGAAGAACAGGAUUCAUGAUAAUUCUCCUGGUACGCUCACUGGUUCGGUCCGUGCGGAUGAUGCUGAUCACAUUUCACAAGUGGCUGGUGCAGAUUGGAGUGGUGAUUCAAUAGUCUACGCUUACAAAUCACGUAAACAAAAAUGA